GAACAAGCCACACCAACUUUACACUGGUCCCCAAGCCCACAUGGGCCAACGGGAAACCACUUCCCACUCUCCCACUCCCACUCCACUGCCCCACUCACCUCUACUCCUAUAAAAUCUCACCGUCCACAUGUACCCGAGACCUCGAACCAUCCAUCCAUCUAUCCACCCAACCACUCUCUCGCUCGCUAGCUCAUCGCUCACCGGCCGGUUGAGAUGGCGGCGGAGGGCAAUGCGUCGUCGUCGUCGACGGCGACGGGAAGGGGGUGCGGGCUGGCGCUGGGGAGGUUGGUGAGGAAGCUGAGGAGGCAGAGCAGGAUGAUGCUGUCCACGGCGACGUCGUCGCGGCCGCCGGCGGCGGCGAGGUGCCAGUACGACCCGCUCAGCUACGCGCGCAACUUCGACCGGAGUGGCCUCGGCGACGACGGCGGCGACGUCUCCGCGCAGCUCUACCACCGCUACACCUUCGCCUCCCGCUUCGUUCUCUCCUCUUCGUCCACGGCCGCUCGCCGGCAGCCGCAAUAGGGGCCGAGACCGAUGCUAGCUGAGGCACGCAUGGCCGGUCUGCGCGUGCCAGUGCUGCGCGUAGCUAAGCUAGCUAGCUUAGCUCUAGCCAUUAGAGGUAGAUGCACUCUUGUUCUUCAUCCUGCAGUGUUGUUAAUUAAUUAGUGUGUUCAUAUGAGGAGGGAGUGGUGGUUGUAAGGGAUUUCUUCCAUGGCUCUCUCCAUUGGCCGAGAUGAUGGUUUCGAUCUCUCGUGCUGAUUUCUUGGAAAUCCAUGCACAUUAUUCCUGAUAUAAAUCGUCCCAUUAAUUCCUUUUUUUCAUGAAA